UUCUAUUGCCGGCUUGAAUCGCGUGUCACCGAAGACCAUGCUUGUGCGAUUUUCGCGCCACAUCCGCCACAUUGGCUCACGCCAUCUGGCGCUACGCCGCUUCAGCUACGGGGGAUCAGCCCCCCACGCUGGCGGCCAGGACAACUCGAGCUUCUUCACGCUGCUCGGACUUGCAGGCGUCCUCGGUGGCGUGGCGUAUGUGUACUACGAUCCGGAUGUGUUGCCAAUGAGCGUCAAGAAGUGGCUGCCGAUCCAGGAACCUGAGGGACGCGGCAUGAGUCUUGAGGAGUACGAACAAUGGCGCGCCAGACAGGCGGGAUUCCCGACCGUUAUCACGCAAAAGAAGGAGGAGAAAGAGACCAAGCCCACGCACUCGAAGGAGGAAGAGGACGUCGAACCGCCCAGCGCAAACGACGAUAUUCCCAUUCCGCACGGAGAUGUGUCCCCAGUGGAGAUGAAGGUGUCGCUAGAGAAACUUCUCGCUGAGGCACGCGAGAACGAGGCUGCGUUCAUCGCUGACAUUAAGGCCAACCGGGUCCCGGUAUCUGAGGAAGAUCGCCAGAUGUUGCAAGCGUUUAAGGAUGAGAAGGCACGAUUAAAGAAGCAACUCAAGUUCCUUAAGUCCAACAAGUAAGCCGAGCCGCAAUCUUGCUGGCCAAUCUGCUAUGAGCUGACUCCACGGCUAAACAAAUGGCAAGAGGUACACGUACAAACAGACAUGAACAAAUGAAGUGUAUGCACGUCGGGUGACAGCUACAUUUCUAUGAUCUUAGUUUGGUUACUCUUUCUUGGUCUUGCACUGUGUACCUGCAGUCCACUGCCAGUACGUCAGAUAACCAAGAACCAACAGGAAAUGACCACAGGAAUAUGCAGCAAAAACGUAGUCGUGGAUGUGCGGAUAUCUCGCAGGCGGAGUAAUCCACACUUGCGCGGCAUGGAUGACAAUGAUCCCUAGGAGUGAAAGCUACAACACGCGAUGGCGAUUAAAUACUUCUUCAAGAACGCAAUUGCAGAGGAACGAUUAUUACCAUGACAUACGCCCGGAAGAGCGGAUGAGCGCUGCCAUCCUGCUUGUAACCAGGUGCAACGUCGCUUUGCUGAACGUGAAGGUGCUUUGAAGUCCCCGACGUAAGAAAUGGUGCCACCGCUACGCCCACAUAAGCAAGCUGUAAUACGAUGUACGGAAGGACCAGACCAUCUUUCUUUAGAAGGAAGUACAUGCUGUGUAAAGGAAGUGACAAUCUGUUAGAAAAUUAGCUGCUAACGCACACCAGUAUGUAGAACGAACAAACCUGAAAGUUGAUAGCACGCUGAACCAUCCUGAGAGAAGCGCGUUGUGCGCAAAAAGGAACGAAAUAGGCAGCAAUGGCAACAAGAUUGUCUUUUCGUGGACUACGACAGAAGCACAAUAUGCGCACAACGUUAGCAUAAGUCAUAUAUUUGUAUCUCUCUUCAAGUUGCGUACCUUGAAAAGAAAACAAGAAGAAUGAUAAUGAACAGAUAGCAAGU